AUGAGCUUCAUGACUGCCACGCUCACAGACGCCGAAAUCGACGCGCUCAGCAGCGAUGCCUUUGACCACGAUGGCGCGAUCCGCAAGCUCGACAAAAUUAUGCGCUCGCUAAACACCGACCCUACUUCAUUCAUCGAAUCGAUCCGGGUCAAAAACACGCUCGACGCGUACGUCCAACGGGCCAAACUUGAGCCGACUCUGCCAGUGCUCAGGCUCAUCUUGAACUGCGAGUACAAACUGUGGAAGUUGGCCGAAGAAACACCUAUGAAGCACAAGGUUUACUUGUCGCACUGGGUAGAGGCCCUCCAGGAGAUCAACAAUGAAGCAGCCGAAGGGCAGGAAGACAAGGCGACCAGCAACGACACUGUCACUGCUGCGGAAGUUCGGAACACCAGGGCGGAAUACAUCAUGGGGCUCCUGCUGUGGGAGCCGUCGUCAUCCAAAGCCUCGCCCCACUUGAUACUGGACCGCCUUAAGAUGGAUGGUGUUCCACUAGCAACCUUCGAUAUGGAACCGUACAUGUGCAUGCUCGUUGAGACUCAGGUUUGGGACGUGCUGCCAGAGCCGAAAGUACGAGCACCUGCACAGCCCGUCCAGAAGCCCACAGCACCAGCGGAAGACGAGGAGUCACUGCACGUUACUCAGGCGCAAGAAGUUAACAGCUCACAGUCAUGGGAUGAAGCCAUAAUCCGAAAGCUCAAAUUCGAACCCGAACAAGCCGUGCAAGAACUCGCGCAUCUUCCACUCGAGCUGUCGUCCCUAGAAUUCCUCACCAAACUACACACCAACCACACCUUCGUUGACAGCGGGAUUGAUGGUCAAGACGUUACCAUCCAUUUCAUACAACACGCAAUGCGGCUUAUCGAGAAGAUGGAGGCGCCCCCUCCGACGUCGCAGGAGGAGACAACGACCAAUGGCACGACCAAUGGAACUGCCAACGGUACUGCCAACGGUACUGCCAACGGUACUGCCAACGGAACCACCAAUGGAUCCACCAAUGGAUCCACCAAUGGAUCCACCAACGGUGUUGGCAACGGUACCCCGAUCGUUGAAUACGGAAAGGAUGCGCAACGUCGCGCUGUCAUGAUACUGCUAUUGUUCAUCAAAAGCUCCAUCACCAAAGGCUUCGUUGAAGCGGGGGCGCUCUUCUAUGAGCUUCAGGAAAUAUGUAUUCGAUACAUAUGGAUAAAAGAGGUCAGGGACUUCAAGGCUUGGACACAAGGACAGUUUGGGGUUAACUAG